AUUAGUCAAAAACUAGUUAUAUUUAAAAUUAACAACAUUACUGAUGGUCACCUAUUGAAUGUUUAGAUUAACCCAACACAAUUCUUAUUCAUUCUAUUGUUACUUAAAAAUACUUUACGAUAACUAAAAUGUUUCAGUCUUCGAAUACUAACAGGAAAGGAGUAAAGGGGAAAAUUCUCGAUCCAGAUAUAGAUUACUCUAAAGUGAAGAGCGUCCACAGCAUUUCUUCCUGGUGGGGCAUUGGUGGCAUCUUUAUCAUACUCUUUAUUGGAAACUUGACUAGUUACACCAACUCUCAUCUACCGGACGCACUGAGGAACGCACACCUAGCAAAAUAUCCGAACGCAUUUAUUGCAGAGCGGGCCUACAAAGAUUUGAAAAUUUUGAACGAUUUUGGCCCGAAACCAACUGGCAGCUACGCCAACGAGGUACUGGCGGUUGAUUUUCUAUUGCGUGAAAUUUCCUACAUUGAUCAACUGAAGAACAAAAACCAGGAGAUCAUCGUCGACAAGCAAAUCGUGUCCGGAGGAUAUGUAGGCGUUUACAUGAACAAAUCAGCCACAAGCGUAUAUCGGAAUGUGCAGAACGUCAUUGCCAAAUUAGUGGGGAAACAUAAGGAGCACGCCUUGUUACUUAAUUGUCAUUUUGACUCGGUGGCAACUAGUCCAGGAGCUAGCGAUGACUUAUCCGGUUGUGCUGUUAUGUUGGAGAUACUGCGAGUCAUGUCCAGACAGUCAGACAUCAAUCAAUACUCAAUUAUUUUUCUGUUCAAUGGAGCUGAGGAAACGCCACUGCAGGCUUCACAUGGCUUCAUCUCAUCCCACCGUUGGGCAAAGGAGGUCCGCGCAUUCCUGAACCUGGAAUCAGCCGGAUCCGGUGGUAAAGAGAUGCUCUUCCAAAGCGGACCGAAGAACCCCUGGUUGAUUGAAAUGUACGCAAAGGCAAUCAAGUAUCCUUACGCGCAAGCAGCGGCCGAAGAAGUCUUCCAAUCAGGUGUUAUUCCAUCCGAUACUGACUUUCGCGUGUUUCGAGAUGUAGGUAGAGUACCGGGAAUGGAUUUUGCCUACACAGCCAACGGAUAUCGGUAUCACACCAAGUAUGACUCAGUCGAAUACAUACCAAUGUCAGUUCUACAACGCACCGGUGACAAUAUCCUAUCGCUGACAAAUACAAUUGCCAAUUCUGAUCGACUCGGGACAGAACACAAGAUGACCGAGCAUACGGUGUAUUUUGAUUUUCUUGGUGUAUUUUUCGUACACUAUUCCGCAGAUGUGGCGUUCAUGAUCAAUCUUUCAGUAGUGCUGCUGUCAAUAAUAAUUCCGUUUCUAUCACUUGCGAGAUCAACCAGCGGCACACAUGGAAGACAAAUACGGUCGGAAACAAUGAUUGGAUUCGUAGCCACAUUCCUGGGUGCUGGCGUUAGUGGCAUUGUUUGCUUCCUAAUUGGAUAUCAGUUAGAUCUGAUAGGUCGACCGAUGUCAUGGUAUUCAUCCACAAACCUAGUGCUAGGAAUCUACUGCUGCCCAGCGCUUUUAUGUCAAUGUUUAGUACAUAUGCUCUGCAGUAAGGUCUUCGGAAGUAAAACCACGCCUCUCAGCUUGGCCCUCAAGGUCCAGGCUCGCUUAAGUGGAGUAAAUCUGUUCUGGGGUAUGCUCACUUUAGGCAUUACCUUCACUGGGUAUCGCGUUGCCUAUAUCUUCAUGAUAUUGAUAUUCUUUUCAUUGCUAUCAAACACGCUUAUCUCGAUGUUUGCCGUUCAAAACUCCGUCCACAAAUGGCUGUACAUUCACUUGGUCUUCCAAAUAUUUGCCAUUUUAUGGAGCACUCAGUUCUACCAUAUGAUGAUGAACAUGUUCAUUCCCAUAACGGGACGCAUUGGAGCCUCCAUCAAUCCUGACUUGAUAAUUGGGGUGAUUGCUACAUUCCUGACGCUGCUGACAUGUAGCUAUAUGACCCCAUUAUUGUUCCUUUUGAAGAAAACAGACAAACUAAUAGGCGAACUGGUAGCAAUAACUGUGAUCGCACUGCUGUUGGCCUCUUGGACUCACGUCGGAUUUCCUUAUCGAGAUGACAGUCUGAAGGCACCUACCGUGCAGCGACAUUACAUAACACAUACACUACGGACAUUCCAUGACUACAAUGGAGGAAUACGGCACACCGAUUCUGGUUUUCUACUUCAGGAGCUUGAUCGCAAUGCAGGGAAAACGAUCGAAGGAAUUGCCAUACCUGAUACAAUCACACGGAUGCGAGAGAUACCUGCAUGUGAGAAUGAACUUUUCUGUGCCAUUCCGUUCUACUCUAUUUGGCAUCAGGUUCUAUUUGAAAACUACUGGUUUCCUGCUCCGCCACCGCUGGUACAUUCAUCAGUGAAAUGUGCACUCCGAAGUAAGGAUAAACUAUCCGAACAUGAUCAUAGCAUGCAGUUAACGUUAACAGGUGAUCACCAAUGUGCUUUGAUCAUUGGACCCAAAGCUGGUACUACACUUCAAAAGUGGGACAUCGUAGAUGAGCUGGCUGAUCCAAUUGAGUUCAACGGUCAAAGAGGUUACUUUGUUCUCAUUAGUAGUGGAGCCAAUCCAGGACCGAUGAAUAUUACAUUAAAUCUAAAGCACGAAAUUCCGAACUAUGACGGACCACUGGUCGACAUUAUGGUCACUACCACAUUCUGGGAACAUCAAAAGCAUCAUGCACCUGUAUUUAAUAAGCUGCUCGCACGAGUUCCAACGUGGGCCCACGUGGUUCCCUCAGUAGCUGCCGUCAAUAGCUACAUAUUUUGAACUGAAUGCAAGCGCAAAAUGAGACGGUGAAAAAUGCGAAACAAAACCAAUGAUUCGAGCGACCAGCGAUGCUAAAAUUUCCUGAAACUCAGAAACAAUGUGAAUAUGAAAUAGUCUCUCUAUAAAUUAAAUAUUCUUGAGUUUCAGAAAGUUUCCACAUAAUGAACCACAUUAAGAUAAACAUAAAAACAGCUUAUAAUAGUUGUUUCUUUUCCUAUAAUUGUAGAAUUGAAUUUUGUUUGAAAUUUUAUAAGCAAAUAGUCGAUUCAUGGGAUCUCACUUCACCUAAAACUGCACAAAACCUCUAGAAUGUGGUAUAUUCCAAGAAAAAACUACGAUUUUCAAUCACAUUUCAUUGAACUUAUUAGCUACUGAGUUAGACUGAA